GAAAUUUGUGGUCACCUUUGAGAGAAUCCACCCACUUUUUUAUUUUUUAUUUCGCUGAGUACUAGGAAUUAAACUGGGAAAUGACUUGUAUGCCAUUCCAAUCAAUACCACAUUGAGUAGUACGUAGUAUUUAUUACCAAUUCCCUCCUAGCAGAGCCAUACAUUACAUUCAUUCCCUCACAUCCCAACAUUUUCCACCGUACAACAAACCACUGCAAUCCAUUAUUUCAGCACUACUUCUCAUCAACACCUAUAGAGUUCGUCCUUGCACACCGCCAAUUCCUCGUCACAACUUAAUUUCAAUUUGUUGCCUUCGUCAACUCAUGUGCAACCCAGAAACAACAUAGCAUCAAAUUCAAGCAAGGAAUCUCAAUUUUUUAUCCCAGUUAAUUUCAUUCAAUCAAAUGAUUCAGGAUAUGCCUGACUCCACCCGCUCCGCUAUGACAAGAAGCUCCUACUCCUUUUACGACAAUGAUUUCCUUGAGCUGGUGUGGGAAAAUGGUGAGGUUGUUGCACGAGGAGGUUCAUCAAAUAAAUCACCCAGCAUAAAAAGAACAAGGUUGAACCCUUUAUACUCACUUGAAGAUCACCUUUCCCCUCUAAAGGAAUCUGACAUGAGCUCUUCGUAUCAAAGCAAUGCUCAAGAUUCCUGUCAUUCCAGCCAAAACAAGAAUUCCUGCAAGCUUAACGAGGAAUUUGAAAACUUAUUAAGACCGGCAAAGGACUCUAAGCCCGUUACCCCAGGACAUGGUCUCUUACAACAGUGUUCACCUUCAACUCCUCUCAAGAAACAAAGAACUGAUUCAACUCAGACACCACCACCACCACCACCGAACACACGGCACAUGGGGUUUGAUCAAACAACAGCUAAAGUGAACUUCUCCAAUUUUUCGAUACCUGCAGUCUUUCUCAAAUCCAGUACUUGUCAUGGAAGCAGUACAACUCAGCAGACAAAACAUUAUUCAUAUCCAGCGAGAAUGGAGGAGAUUGAAGCGCGUAAGGUUGAGAAAUCAACUAAGGAAUCACAAGGGUUUCAAAAGCAAACAUCCUUAACCGUUGAAAGAAGUGCAAAACCACCCCCACCCCUUGAUGAGCACUCUGAAGCUAUUGGUCUGGGAAUUCACAGACACCAAGGUCAACUGCGUUAUGACCAAACCUCAGCCUCAGAAGCACUUAGAGCGAAGGAAAAAGCUUAUAAUAAUAAUAACACUGUCUGUAAAGAACCGUUCCUAGCUUCUUCUGUGUGCUCUCUUGGAGCUUCAAACGACCCAAACGUUGGUAUCAGGAAAAAUGAGGACACCGAUGACUCAACAUAUUUAAGUGAUAAUGACGAAGAGCCUGAAAAUAGGGUAAAGCAAGAUAGGGAGGGAAACAGACUCAAGAGAAGCAGAAACACUGAGGUUCAUAACUUAUCUGAAAAGAAGCGUAGAGAAAAAAUCAACAAGAAGAUGCGUACAUUGAAAGAGCUCAUACCAAAUUGCAAUAAGGUGGACAAAGCAUCAAUGCUUGACGAUGCCAUCGAGUAUCUGAAGACUCUAAAGCUUCAGUUACAGAUAAUGUCAAUGGGAAGUGGAUUAUGGCCACUUAUGAUGCUACCUGCUGCGGCAGCGCCUCACAUGAAUGGACCACAUUUAUCACAGUUGGUGGGAGCUGGAAUGGGAUUCAGGCCACCAGAGCUUCCUGUUCCACCACUAUCAGCUAUCACAGACUCCAGACUUCAUCAGAUGUUUGGUUUCCCCAACCAAAUACCAACCAUGCCAAUGCCUCACGCACCUUUCUUCCCCGUCAUCGGAAAUUCUCCCACACAACCACACUUGGCCGCCACCACCGCACCUACACAACAUCUUGCUAAAUCUGCUGCAUCUCUUCAGGUCUCACUCCCCACCAACUUGGUCCCUCUGGAAAAUGCAACAAAUCAACUGCAGAAUCCAGUGUCCUUUCAUCCCCACGGCAUCAGUACUCCUUUCAUUUUUCCACAAAAGUAGAGGUAAAUGUACAGGGAGGGAAGUAGAGAGUGAUGAAAUUAAGAAAUUAGAUUAGAGAAGUUCAUAGGAGGCCGGUGUAGAAUUUCGUUUACCGUUUUUAAAAAUACACUGUACAUUUUUCUCAUCCCAGAAUAUCAGUUGCAGAAUCUGACA